CUUAAACACAGCAAACUGCCACUGGGAAAAUAGGACGGUGACCUCGGACACACCAAUGCUCCUUUGAUCGACUUUUUAGACAAAAGAACCUCAGGGCUACCAGAGCAAAGGCCAUGACCAAACUACUUGUCACGGUGGAAGGCACAGUAUUUGAGACAGAGAAAGACCUGCUGGUGGCUCACAGUGAAUAUUUUCGUGCCCUUUUCGAUUCUGGGAUGAGAGAGAGCACACAGAAUGAAAUCCAUCUAAAGAGCUUAGGAGCUUUAGGAUUCUUGAUUACACUCCGGGUAAUGGAAGGUGAGAGACCCCUCCUGACACUGGAUGAAAUUGUACAAGCUGUAGAAUGUGCAGCUUUCCUGCAGGUAGUAGUACUGACCAAGCACUUGGUGAAUUUGAUAGAUUCAGACAACUGUCUGGAGAUGUACCAAGCUGCCUAUACGUAUGGACUGAUUGACCUGUUCCAAAAUGCAGGUUUGUUCAUCAGGGAUAUUUAUGAAUCUCUAGAAGAUGAUUUGCGGUAUCUUCCCACUGUCCUUCAGGAGUAUCUAGAUUCCCUCAUGCCAAGUAGGUUUGUUGCAGUUGGCUCCCAUACCCCAACUAUUGAGUAUUUUGAAGAUUUCUCCCGUACUAUGAGCUAUUUGGAUGAGCAAGAGAACCAGUGGGAGAGCCUGGGCUGUAUUCCAGAGGAGGCAAGCACAUUCCUUGCUGGUGUUGCAACUCUUGACAAUAAGGUCUUCAUUGUGGGUGGUGCGAGAGGGGCGAACAAAAAAGUGGUAGAAAGAAGCUUCUGCUUUGAUGCAGAGAGCCAGACCUGGAGUGAUUUUGCAUGUCCUCAUCAGCUUCGAUAUGAGGUGACACUCGUUGGACACGAGGGACACCUCUAUGCCAUUGGAGGAGAGUAUGAAAGAGUUCCUUUAGCAUCUGUAGAGAAAUACUCUCUCUCUUCUCAAACCUGGAAUUUUGGCAAAGAGCUUCCUCAACCUAUGGCAGGUCCGCCUGCUACAAAGACCAUGGGAAGGAUAUUUGUGUGCCUCUGGAAACCACAGGACACGACCAUCAUCUAUGAGUAUGAGACCAUGAAAGAUGAACUGAUUUCAGUGGCUUCUCUAAAGAGGAUGCAGAGUUAUGGCCACUGUAUGGUAGGACACAGAGAUAAUUUGUAUAUUAUGAGGAACGGGCCCUCUGACGAUUUUCUGCGAUGCUCAAUUGAAAAUUUCAACCUUACCACCCAGCAGUGGAGAACUUUGUCGGGACAAUAUGUCAACAGCAAAGGAGCACUUUUUACAGCUGUAAUCAGAGGGGACACUGUCUUUACCUUGAACAGAGUGAUAACGCUACUCUACAAGGUGGACAAUUACAACUGGAAACCAAUAAAAGAAAAGGCUGGUUUUAAUAAGGGAGGGCACGUGCAUACAUUUUUUCUUAGGUUGCCCAAAAAGACAGAUAUUACAGUAAAUAAGGUCAACAAGAUUCAGUACCACUGUAACUCAAAAAUGGAUGAACCUUCCUUAUAGAAUAAUAAAACUCUUGCAAUUGCAAAUAAAAAUGGUUCCAAGCACCAUAAGUAUUACAGCACAUUGUAAUGGUUAUGGUGCCAGGAGUGGCUUGGAAGUUGGCACCAUCCCAGUUAAGUAGUUAAACCAUUUAAUAACAGUUACAACUUACCUUGGUUUUUGGGGGGGUGGCUGCCACUGCCUCCUCUGCAGCUGGAAGCUCUUGCUGCUAAUUUAAGCCCCAGAGGCCAGGACUUUACUCAUUGGCUUAGCUAGGCUUUCCUUAGUGGAGCCAACUGGAAACGUCUUGCAGGAGCUUCCAGCGGCAGGGGAAGCAGUGGCAUGGGAGGAUCCAGUGGGUCAAACCAUUCCUAAACGUUUUGAGUUCUUAUUCUGGAAGGGUGCUAGGGCAGCUGUUGCACCAUAAACACUACAGCAGAAUGUAUGGGUUAUGGUGUUUGGAGUGUUUCUUUAACCCCAAAUACACCCUCCUUUCAUCAAAUAAAAUAAUGAUUUUAGGAUUCUUAAUCCAACCAAUAAUCUCCUCAUUCAUGCCAGGUCCUGAAAACCAAAUUCCAAAUCUGAAUAGGUCUUAACACCCCAAUCAGUUUCCAUAAAAUUUCUCCAAUCGGUUAAAGGUAUUUAUGUAUGUUGUAUAACUGUUAAAUACACAGAGGCAGUUCAGUGGUGAUUAUGAAGGCAGCAAAAACGUCAGUGUAGGCAAUGAUAGAACUAGCCGGGAUGGAUGGGGUGUAGGAUGGAAGAGACUUUAAGAUAAGAAGACUACUUAGGAGCACAUCACUGCUGUAACUUGCAUGACAGACGUGUUUAUCUAAUGACUUCCCCUACCAGCCAAGUUCAGGAAUAGGCAUGUAUGAAUUGAGUGUAACAAAAGGAUUGAAUAUAGCAUCUAUAUGAUCACCAUAUAUAGUUACUGUAGUUUUCCUCUCCUCUGUAAACAAUAGCAGAGGGAGAAAGAGAGAACUCUUUGUACUACAACCUGAGCAUGGAGCAAUAAGUGGUUGUAGUGCUUGAAGUAUCCCUUUAAAAAAAUAUUAACUUGUGUGAACAAUUUUAAAAAUUACUAUUCAAUGCUGCUAGAAACUAAGGAAAUGGCCACUGGUACAAACAAAUUCAGAUUUGCUGUACAGUAGAUUUUGGCAGCUUGUGAACAUGCAGCUGUUGAUUUUAUAAUUUUAGCCAAGGGUGUUUCAUUAACAGGUGUUUAUGAGCACAUUAUACAGUGCUGCUAUAUAAAAAUGUAGAAUAAACAAAAUAUUGGGCUGGCAAAAAAUAUACUCUAAUACAGGGGCAGCAAAGCUUCUUGAAACAUCUUAGAAUGGAUGAUAGACACUAAUAACUCAGAACAGAUAACUAGAAUCCUUCCAUAUUUAAAAGGAAAACUAUCUUAAAUAGUAAUAACUUCCUAGAAAGUCGCAUAGCAACUGUUAAUGUUGCUUACUGGAGUUUUGAUGGCACAACUUGUAUAGAAAGGACCAAAUACUCCAUUUAUACUGGCUACAAAAAAUUCAGUUCUGCUCCGCUAUAGUAGUAAGUACAGCGUGCUAACAAAUAUUUUGUUAUCUUUAAAGUUAUUUGUAUAUUGUGUAUAAACUGUACAGAAUUCAACAUUAUCAUCUAUCAGCCACAUGUGUUUAAACUGGAAUCUUUACAAUUUAAUUUCUAAUGUCAUUUUUUCAUUGGACUGGAGCUGCAACAGAUGCAUACAGACAUUUAAAGCACAAUUUAAUUAAAAAACAAAAUGCAAUUAGGUAAACUGAAAUGAGAUGCCAG